CAGCGGCCGGAGGCCACUCGACGUCCCCCGCUUCAGGAGCCAACAUGUGGUUGAAGGUCCUGCUGGUAGAAUUAGUGUUUUGGACAGACGUGGCCCUCGGCCAGUGCCCUAGCCACGUGGGCGCCAGCUCCAGGCCGCCCCCGUGCACGUGGGCGGGAAGUAAGCAGCUGUUCCUGGACUGGCUGAUCGGCGGCUGCGUCGUGGGCGCCAGCUGCGGCGCGCCCGCAGACCGCCACGUGGAGUACGAAGGGUACGACGGAUGGUACAACAACCUGGCCAAGCCCAGCCAGGGCGCUGUAGACACGCCGCUCCUGCGCCUCCUGCCCCCCGCCUACGAGGACGGCGUGUACCAGCCCGUCAGGAGGAAGGCCAACCCCCUUGAGGUGAGCGAGAAGCUGAUGCGCGGCCAGAACGGCAAGAUGUCUAAGGGCGGCCGGACAGCGUUCCUCCUGUUCUUUGGUCAGCAAGUUGUUGAAGAGCUACUUGAUGCGCAAGGUCCAGGCUGCCCGCCCGAGUACUUCAACAUCGACAUCAAGAGUGACCAUGACUUUGCGAGGAGCCCCAAGCUCAAAGUUAUGCCGCUACUACGCACUCGCUACGACAUGACCACAGGAUUCUCCCCCAACAACCCCAGACAACAGCUGAAUGAGAUCACGCCAUACUUGGAUGGCGGCCUCGUGUACGGAACCAGCAAGGGCUGGGCGGACGCGCUCAGGACGUUCGCGAACGGCUCGUUGGCUCAAGAUGGCCUACUAGCCUGGCACGACCAGCUGGGCGAAGGGUUCCCUGCUGAGAACGCGCAGCGCCUCCCCUUGGCCAACCCGCCUCCGCCCACCAACCACUCCAGCUAUGUCAGGCAGCAGGAGACGGCGAAAGUGGACCGUUUCUUUAAGCUCGGAAACCCUCGCGGCAAUGAAAACCCCUUCCUGCUGACCUUCGGCAUCGUGUGGUUCCGAUGGCACAACCACGUCGCCAGGUACCUCAGGAGAGUCCACCGUGGCUGGUCAGGUGAGAGAGUAUUCAAUGAAGCUCGCAAGUGGGUGAUCGCAACAUACCAGGCAGUGGUGUUCUAUGACUGGCUACCCAAGUACAUGCACACGGCCCUGCCCAAGUAUCAAGGCUACCGGCCCACUGUAGACCCCCAAGUGAGCCACAUCUUCCAGUCUGCGGCGAUGAGGUUUGGCCACACACUAGUAACCUCUGGAGUGUACCUGCGGGAUAAGAACGGGCAAGGCUGCACUCCACUGCCCUUUGAGCUAACUGCGCCUGAGGGUUCCUCGCAGCGCCGCGUUGUGGGCGUCAGGACAUGUAACUCUUUCUGGAGAUCACCGGAACUCUUCACCCGAGACCCGGCCAACUUUGAGCGGUUCCUGAUGGGCCUCAGCAGCCAGAGCACUGAAGAAGAAGACAACGUUAUAGUCGACGAUUUGCGCGGCCGGGUGUUUGGCCCGCUGGAGUUUUCUCGACGAGACCUGAUGGCCAUCAACAUCCAGCGCGGUCGCGACCACGGCCUCCCCGACUACAACACAGCCAGGAGGCACUUCGGGCUCGCCACGCUCACCUCCCUCGACGUAGAGGAAUACAAGCAAAAGACGGGCACCCACGUCGAGGACCAGGUUCUGGCGUCACUGCGGUCCCUGUACGACGACGACCCUUCCAGCGUCGACAUUUGGCCUGGAGGACUCCUGGAGACGCGAAAUGGCCCCGGACAACUCUUCUCCAAAGUGAUCCUGGACCAAUUCGAGAGGAUCCGCGAUGCCGACAGAUUCUGGUUCGAAAACAGCAAAUCCGAUUUGUUUACACAGGAGGAAAGGGAUCGUCUUGGGCAGGUGAGAAUCCUCGACGUGAUCCUCUCCAUCACGAACCUCGAGCCGUCCGUCGACAUCCAGGAGGACCCCUUCACGGCCGUGCACCAGGCCAACGGCGUCGGCAACAAUUGCAUGGUGCAGCUAUCUGUUCCCAGAAGCUGUACACUCCAUAACAACGUCACCGCGACCUGCAAUUAUCUGCCUCAGAUUUCGGACUCGAACGCCGAGGAGUGCACGAAGCCCGAGACCUACGACUACUUCUCAGGGUCCGAAGUGUCUUACAUUCUCGUACUGUUCUUUUUGCUCGGACUUUGUUUUGCGACUGUGGUUGUUGUGAAGGUCAUGGCUGUUAUGAAAGUAAAACGCCACACCAAGAAAGCAUUUUCGUCGUUCAAAAUCCAGGAAGGUUCUCACAAAGCAAAAGAGCGCGUGGCUUUGAGGGAGAGCCGGUACGUGGUGGUCCGGCUGGAGCAAGAGUCGCGUCGCAUCGAAGUGACUGGGACGGGGCAAGAGCGACUGCGGAUUAUCGAUCUCAGCAAUGUGCAAGAGAUGAAGGUUCGCCACCUCCAGGAUUUCACACAGAUGAUAAUCUGUGUGUCUAACCAUUAUGACCUGUUUCUGAGUUUCGAAGAUGGCUGGCAUGCAAAGAGACUGCACAAGGAGUUGACUGAAUUCUGCGAGAACCUUGGCAUAAAUCUAACUUUGACCCCAGAGUCCAAGACUUCGCUUCAGUUUGGUAUAGUUACAGUCAAGCAGAGGGAAAAACAACUGGCCGAUUUUUCGAGGGUUGUUCUUUCCAACGCAUUUGGGUCCAGCAAGCAAGCGGACGUGGCAGCAAACCUAAUUGCCAUGGGUAGUCACAACAAAAAUUACUUCCUAUCCAUGGAACUUACGCAGGUAGAACUCGCAAACCAAUUGGGGAUGUUACCUGACUCCGUCUUCGUUAAACAGCUCUUCCGGCUGAUGGACCAGGACGGCAAUGGUUUCAUAACACUUAAGGAAUUUUGGGACGUGAUGGUUGUGUUCGCUCGCGGGAAGCCGGAGGAGAAAGCCAGGCUCAUCUUCAACAUCUACGACAUCUCCCGCACAGGCCAGUUGUCUGCGCCGGACCUGGUAGGCAUGGUCAGGUCUACCCUGGGAAGCGAAAGCAAGAACCAGGACAUCAGCCACAUCGUACAGACGAUGCUGCACUCCGUUGGCGUCAGUGCUGACCAGCCCAUCAACUUUGAACAGUUCCAAAAGAUAUUCAACACGAGGAGUGACGUCUUUAACCAUGUUCAAAUUGAUGUGCUGGAGAUGUCGCGUAAAAGUAAUUCCCGCUUCAGCCUCUAUGAUGAGAUCCCCACAGGAGGUUUCGCCGCCGAAGCAGCCCGGAAGGAGUACGACGAGGCUCGCCAGGAGAUGCUGACCCAGGAGGAAAGUGAUGAAGUUCCAAAGGACAAAUUGUGGUUGGGCGUCGAGCUGUCCGAGAGCUUUCGGUCCAUCGUGAACAACAUCAAGAACAAGCAACAGACCCUUUUCUGGGGAACAUUGUAUACUAUCGUGAUGCUGCUCAUAUUUGCCGAGAGGGCCUAUUAUUACACGAUAGAGCGCGAGCACGCCGGUCUCCGCCGCAUUGCCGGUCUGGGCGUCACCGUCACCAGAGGAGCUGCAUCAGCCAUGAUGUUCACCUACUCCACGCUCCUCGUCACAAUGUGCCGCAAUGUACUGUCGUUCCUACGGUCAACAAUGUUGCAUCGCAUUUUUCCAUUCGACAAUAUGGUGGAUUUUCACCGAUACAUCGGAGCCUGGGCCCUGUUCUGGACGCUGGUGCACAUCAUCGGUCACUGCAUCAACUUUUACCACAUCUCCACGCAGACAGCCAUGGACCUGGCUUGUAUUUUUAGGGAUUUCUUUAGGGGUACUCACGUGUUACCCAAGUUCCACUACUGGUGCCUGCAGACCAUCACGGGCCUCACGGGCGUCUUGCUUACCAUCCACACUGCCGUCAUAUACGCUUUCGCGUAUUUUGCACGGCGGCACUUCUUCUGGCUCUUCUGGCUCACACACAACACGUACCCUGUCUUCUACGUGCUCAUGGUCUUCCAUGGGUCUGGCAGGCUCGUACAGCCUCCAUUCUUCCACUUCUUCUUCCUCGGUCCCUGCCUCCUCUUCGUCCUCGACAAGUUGGUCUCCUUCUCGAGAAACAAAAUCCAGAUUGACGUGAAGAGCGUGACGCACUUGCCAUCCAACGUGACGCUGCUCGAGAUCCGGCGUCCCCCGAACUUCAGCUUCCAGUCGGGGCAGUGGGUUCGGAUUGCCUCCCUGGGAAUCAGCAGCAAGGAGUACCACCCCUUUACCCUGUCCUCGGCGCCCCACGAGGAGAACCUGACGCUGCACAUACGCGCCGUUGGUCCCUGGACGCACAAGCUCAGGAAAAUCUACAAGGACAAAGCCACCAUGCAGAAAGGAGAGAAGCAUCCACAAAUCUACAUGGACGGGCCCUUUGGCGAGGGACACCAGAACUGGUGGGACUUCGAAGUCGUAAUUUUCGUGGCCGGGGGGAUCGGCGUCACGCCCUUUGCUUCCAUCCUGAAGGACAUCGCCUACAAGCUGGAGCACUCCAAGUAUCUCAAGACUAAGAAGGUCAUUUUUCUGUGGACAACGCGAAGCCAAAAGCAGUUUGAGUGGAUGACGGAUAUCCUGCGCACGGUGGAGGCGGCCGACAGGAGGAACAUUAUUCGCACGCAUGUCUUCAUCACGCAGUUCAAGAGCAAGUUCGACCUUCGGACUAUCAUGCUUUAUCUUGCCGAGCGGCACUUCCAGAAGAUCUCGGGCACGUCGCUCUUCACCGGUUUGCGGGCCAUCACUCACUUUAGCAGGCCAGAUUUUACCGCCGUGUUUGCAUCCAUAAAGAAGAAAUAUGGGAGCAUGUCAUCGGUUGUGGGCGUGUUCACAUGCGGCAGCCCCAACCUGAGUCGCGCAGUGGAGCAGAGCUGUCAGGUGAUCAACCAGGAGGAGGGGGCCCUCUUCAGGCACUACUACGAAAACUUUUAAUCAGCUGGCCACUACUGUGCUCACAUUCUAUACAACUACAGAUGAACAGAUGACAUAUAUGUUUUAAAAAUGGGGAUUAGUUCUUUAAACACUGAUUACUAAAUUGGUAUGGUUGGACUAUUAUACUUUAUUAUUUUCUAUCCUAGGAUAUUGUUUCCUAAAGGUUUUAUAGCUACAUCCCCCUUAACUGCUUAAUUGCAUCAUCCAUGUCUUGCAACGGGAUUUGUAUUUUCUAUUGUAGUGAUUUAUAACAAAUAUGAAUAAUCCUUGGUACGAAAUAUUCAGCUGCCACCACCUGGUGGCAGCUGAAUAUUUUCGUGUAAAAGAGUGUGAGUGAAGCUAGACAAAGUAAGUGUAAGUGUAUAGAAGUUACCAAGGUUCAAGGGUCACAUUGCGGUUAGCGUGGUUAUGUCCGGGUGAAGUGCGUGUCGAUCAGAAGCUGAUAAAGGUGCAGAUUUAUGGAUUUUGAGCUCUUGCCUAUCUAAAAAUCUAUAAAGUAAUCCCAUCAUUUACAUUAAAAAAUUCAUCUUCGGGCA